AUGGGUGCCGACGACAAGUCCGACAAGUCCAAGGUGCACAAGCUUGCCCUCAAGGGUAGCGCAAAGCUCGUCGCCGAGUUCUUUCAAUACUCAAUACACACAAUCCUCUUCCAACGAGGCGUCUAUCCCGCAGAGGACUUCACUGCCGUUAAGAAAUAUGGCCUCAACAUGCUAGGUUCGAAUCCCUACGACCGCAACCCCCCUCUCUCGUCGGAUGACCAGGUUAGGGCAUACAUCAAGAAGAUCAUGAGCCAGCUGGACCGCUGGAUGCUCCGCGGAAAGAUCUCCAAGCUCGUCAUCGUCAUCACGAACAAGGACACAGGAGAGCACGUCGAGCGCUGGCAGUUUGACGUACAAAUCUUUGGAAAGUCCAAGUCCAAGUCGAAAUCGAGCUCCAAGGCAACGGACCAGGAAAACGUCGCACCAGGAUCGGCAAACGCCCCCGCCCCCGAAAAGACCGAAAAGGAAAUCCAGGACGAGAUCGCCGCCAUCUUCCGCCAAAUCACCGCCUCCGUUACCUUCCUCCCCCAGCUCGCCGGCGACUGCACCUUCAACGUGCUCGUCUACGCCGACGCAGACAGCGAGGUGCCCGUCGAGUGGGGCGACAGCGACGCCAAAGAGAUUGUCGACGGCGAGCGCGUCCAGCUGCGCGGCUUCAGCACCAGCAACCACCGAGUCGAUACCCUCGUCAGCUACCGCCUGGCCGAGUGA